GCAGCCACCAUGGCGUCACGCAUCGGGCUCCGCAUGCAGCUCAUGCGGGAGCAGGCGCAGCAGGAGGAGCAGCGGGAGCGCAUGCAGCAGCAGGCCGUCAUGCAUUACAUGCAGCAGCAGCAGCAGCAGCAGCUGGGGGCGCCGCCCACCCCCGCCAUCAACACACCCGUCCACUUCCAGUCUCCGCCACCCGUGCCCGGGGAGGUGCUGAAGGUGCAGUCCUACCUGGAGAACCCCACCUCCUACCACCUGCAGCAGUCCCGGGACCAGAAGGUGCGGGAGUACCUGUCUGAGACCUACGGGAACAAGUUUGCUGCCCACAUCAGCCCUGCUCAGGGCUCCCCAAAGCCCCUGCCAGCUGCCUCCCCAGGCGUGCGGGCCGGACACGUGCUGUCGUCCUCAGCCGGCAACAGUGCUCCCAACAGCCCCAUGGCCAUGCUGCACAUCGGCUCCAACCCUGAGCGGGAGUUUGAUGUCAUCGACAACAUUAUGUGUCUGGACGAUGUCCUGGGCUUCAUCAAUCCCGAAACUCAGAUUCCCAAUACGCUGCCCCUGUCCAGCAGUCACCUAAAUGUGUACAGUGGAGACCCCCAGGUCACCACCUCCCUGGUGGGCGUCACCAGCAGCUCCUGCCCAGCCGACCUGACCCAGAAGCGAGAGCUUACAGACGCUGAGAGCCGGGCCCUGGCCAAGGAGCGACAGAAGAAAGACAAUCACAACCUCAUUGAAAGGAGACGGAGGUUCAACAUCAAUGACCGCAUCAAGGAGCUGGGAAUGCUGAUCCCCAAGGCCAACGACUUGGAUGUGCGCUGGAACAAGGGCACCAUCCUCAAGGCCUCUGUUGAUUACAUCCGGAGGAUGCAGAAGGACCUGCAGAAGUCCCGGGAGCUGGAGAACCACUCUCGGCGCCUGGAGAUGACCAACAAGCAGCUCUGGCUCCGCAUCCAGGAGCUGGAGAUGCAGGCUCGAGUGCACGGCCUCCCCACCACCUCGCCCUCGGGCAUGAACAUGGCCGAGCUGGCCCAGCAGGUGGUGAAGCAGGAGCUACCCAGCGAGGAGGGUCCGGGGGAGGCCCUGCUGCUGGGGGCCGAGGUCCCCGACCCUGAGCCACUGCCGGCUCUGCCCCCCCAGGCCCAGCUGCCCCCGCCAGCCCAGCCAGCCCAGCCACCGUCCCCAUUCCACCACCUGGACUUCAGCCACAGCCUGAGCUUUGGGGGCGGGGGCAACGAAGGGCCCCCGGGCUACCCCGAACCUCUGGGGCCAGAGCAUGGCUCCCCGUUCCCCAACCUGUCCAAGAAGGAUCUGGACCUCAUGCUCCUGGACGACUCACUGCUACCACUGGCCUCCGACCCCCUCUUCUCCACCAUGUCCCCCGAGGCCUCCAAAGCCAGCAGCCGCAGGAGCAGCUUCAGCAUGGAGGAGGGCGACGUGCUGUGA